UGUCGAGCAGAGGUUGGUGAAUAUAAGCCGCAUUUCACAGCUGCUGGCUUUGGAGGCUGGCAGAGACGGUGCUCAAGUCGUGUGAAGUCCCUAGUACGAAUUCUGUCAUCUGAAUGCGUUUCUCCCGCUCUGUAGAGUGCAGAGAACAUACUGAUGCUUAAAGGGGCUCCAGCUCCUGCCUGGCGUUGGGCUACACGGCUCCUUCCUCCUCCUCCUCCUCAGUUGCGGUACGAUACAGAACUUGGAGACCUCCUUAUUAGAAACCCAGCGGUUACAGUUUGAAGGUCCUGUGAGUUCACCCAACCAGAUCUGAAGCACAAUUAAUUGUGGCUUGCUGUGAUGCAGUAGCGCUGUAAAAUGGCUAAGAGAGUGGCAGAGAAGGAGCUGACUGACAGAAACUGGGAUCAAGAAGAAGAAACCGAGGAGGUAGGAACUUUCUCAGUGGCCAGUGAGGAAGUUUUGAAGAACAGAGCAAUUAAGAAGGCAAAACGUAGAAACGUGGGGACUGAGUCUGAAAGCGGUGGAGCUUUUAAGGGAUUUAAAGGUUUCGUUUUACCUUCUGGAACGGGUGCUUUUUCUGGUUUUGGCAACGGCCCGGGAACAAAGCCUUUAGGAGGAUUAUCCAACGGUGGUGGUAGCUCCAGCAGCGUUACAAACAGUUCUUCGCUCUCCAGCUUAAAGACGACUUCAGAAACCCAGCCUGCAUUUAGUCCUGUGGUCUCCAGCGGCUCCGUGAAUAAUGUUACAGUUGAAAAAACAUCUGCAUGUGUGGAAGCAAAUGGCGAGAACCCACAGCCCUUGUCCUCUGGACUCACUCAGAGCAAAGCCUGCAACUCGGAGAGUUAUCAUAAACAGUUGGCCGCUCUCAAUUGCUCUGUGCGGGACUGGAUAGUCAAACACGUCAAUGCCAAUCCGCUCUGUGACCUGACGCCGAUCUUCCGUGACUAUGAGAAAUACUUGGUUGAGAUAGAACAACACGGCCUUGGCAGCGACAGCCGUUCUGGCAGCGGCGGCAGCAACGCCCCCGAAGCUCAGCCUCGUCCUGCGUUUGGGAGCUCGGCUCUUCCGCAGGGCACCGCGUUUUUCUUCAACAGCAGCAAACCUGAGGAUAUGUCUGGGAAGAAAACAGAAUUGGAAAAGAAAACAGAACUCAAGCUAGGGACUGCCUCCUCAACCGCCUUGUUUGCUUUCGGCAAAAGUGACAACGCUGGCCUGAGUUCCGGGGCAGGGUCUGGAUUUUCAUUUUCCACUGGAAACGGAGGUUUGUUUGGCAAAGAUGCAGGCCAGCCCAAGGCAGCGCCUUCCUUUUCCAAUAAUGCAUUAGAUGCCCAGAUUGAAAGCAGCAGCAAUGAAAAAGGGGGUGAUGAAGAGGAGGAAGAACCACCCAAAGUAGUCAUUAAUGAAGUAAAAGAAGAGGAUGCCUUUUACUCAAAGAAGUGCAAAGUCUUCUACAAGAAAGAUAAUGAAUUUAAAGAAAAAGGAGUAGGAACGCUACAUUUAAAACCUGCUGGCAACCAAAAGACUCAGUUGUUAAUACGGGCAGAUACCAAUUUAGGCAACAUACUGCUGAACAUUUUGGUGCCUCCCAAGAUGCCGUGCUCCAGAACAGGGAAGAACAACGUUCUCAUUAUUUGCGUUCCAAACCCACCCAUCGACGAGAAGAACGCUUCAAUCCCUGUGCCGAUAUUGAUAAGAGUGAAAACGCGUGAAGACGCAGAUGAGUUACACAAAAUUUUGCUGGAGAAGAAGGAGGAGGUCUAAGACUUGGUGUUUUCCAUGUCAUGUGGAAACACUUCCAAACUGCUGCUGGCCUUUUCCCCACUUGACUCUUAGUAGUAACUUUUUAACUCACUUCUCUGAUAUUUUAAGGACUCUCUUAGAAAUUCUGAAGGGUUUGAAUGAGGGAAAGAAAUUAAGAUGGCCAAUAAAAGUUGUAAUGUUAGCACGGAUCUUUUCUCCCUUCUAAUUUGAAAUAUCUAAUGUGCAAACCAUCUGUGAAUAAACCUUGCAUAUUAAAUACAAAAAUCUUUUUCGAUUAUACAUGAAGACUAAAGCUGCUAAAAGCCCCCCAGUGAGUGACAUAUUAAUCCAGAAACGGUGUAGGAAGAAAAUUAUGUGGGUGAGAAAAAAGGGGUGGGCGUACCGUAUUUUCCAGCUGGAUCUGAAAUCUUUUUUCCGCUAGGUAAAAAUUACUAUUUGUGUUCUGUUAGAAACUUUGUUUCUAAGUAAGAGCUGAUGGAGAACAUUGAUUAUAGUAGGUUCAGGAGAUACGUUGAAUGUUGUCUGGAGAACAAUUCUGAAAUAAUUGUCAUUUCUUGAAACCUAACUGCAAGAUUCACCACAUUAUCUCCAGAGAGGAGCAAGGGCUCAAGAGAAGCUUGAGCAAAAGGUGCAGACUUCAUUCAUCUUAAUUCCAAUUAGAACCAGUUGAUGGAGAGGUUGGGCGAGCUGAUUCUUCCCAUUUCAUGUCCUUUAGCUCUUCCCAAUCUGGUGCUUUCCAGAUGUUGAAUUUACAGCUGCCUGUCCUCCUGCUAAGUUGGGGGAUGCUGACUUUGUCACAUUCUGAGUACCCCAGCGGACUCUUAAUUUGGCCCACAUGUUCUGUGGUCACAUUUUAUUGGAUCAGCAAUCUGACCGUGGUUAUUUAAUGGAGAGAGAAUGUUCUAAAAGAAACUGAUUGACUCAAGUUAUGAACCAUCAGAAUAAGAACUGGAGUAUUGUAGAAGAAGAAAUAUGAAUAAAUGCCUUUUUUCACCAGGCUGAAGUUCUGGAUAUCUUUAAAAGAAUGUAUGAAAUUAUUUCAAGAAAUGGCCAUUCUGAGUUAUAGUGAGAGAUUAUACUGCACAAGCCCUAUUGAAAUAAAUGUGAAAUUUGGGGCCUUAUGCCUCUCAAAUAACUACUGGAUUAGUCUGUUAAUAUUAAAGCGGGUGAGACAUCAAAAACGGUAAUGUGCAUAUUAAUAUUCUGGAAAUACUCAUAUUGAAUGGCCAAGAGGGUCAGUAAUAUUAUUCUUAUCUUUGAGAAGGUGACUUAAUAUCCUCUGUGAUUUUUUUUUUCUUUUUACUCCAACUGUUUGGAUCCUGUCCAAGCAAAUUGCCUGCUUUUUCUAGUUAGCAGACAACUAAUUUCUGCAUACUUCUAAUGGCAGUUUUACCUGGAGAGGCUUGGUCUUACAGGAAUUUCUUUUUUUUUUUUUUUUUUUUU